AAGGAGCUUGGGUCGGAAGGUAGCGGCAUUGACAUUUAUUUCCUAAAAUUAAAAAUACCAACAUGAUGAGUGGGGAUGAGGUUAUGAAAGACAUGAAGGAACGAGCUAAGAGACGAAGACAGCUGUUGGCAAUGCAGUUGGGAGUCUCAAGUGCUGAUAAGUUGGGUCAAGCCCUAGGAAACACUGAUAAACAUUAUGAUGAUAUUGACCGCAUUAAAAGGCUUCGAAGAACAAGGCAACAAGAAGAACUUGAAGGAGAUGAAGCAGCUAAUAUGAUAUACACAGAUUCUUCCACUUUCCUGAAGGGUACUCAGUCAGCAAAUCCUCAUAAUGAUUACUGCCAGCAUUUUGUAGACACAGGUCAGCGACCUCAGAAUUUUAUUAGAGAUGUUGGUCUCGCUGACAGAUUUGAGGAAUAUCCUAAGCUUCGUGAACUUAUUAAGCUUAAGGAUGAUUUGAUAGCUUCAACAGCAACACCGCCAAUGUAUUUGCAAACAGACUUACAUGCUUAUGAUCUUCGAGAUCUCCCGACUAAGUUUGAUGUUAUACUUGUGGAACCUCCAUUAGAGGAGUAUCAACAUGCUGGAGUAAGCAAUGUACAAUUUUGGGACUGGCAGAAGAUAAUGGACUUGGACAUAGCUCAGGUGGCUGCACCAAGGAGCUUCAUCUUUCUUUGGUGUGGUUCAUCGGAAGGUUUGGACCUUGGACGACAAUGUCUUCGGAAAUGGGGAUUUCGGCGAUGUGAAGAUAUAUGUUGGAUUCGCACCAAUAUCAACAACCCAGGACAUCUGAAAAAUUUAGAGCAGAAAGCUGUAUUCCAGAGAACAAAGGCAAGAAUUAUUUUUCCGUCAUUAUACAGGUACACAAUCCUUUAUCUGAAAUUCUUAGGGCCAGAUGUGUUUCAGUUUUGGAAUUUUUUGAAUUUCGGAACUGUGGUGUUAGAAGCAAGCAUAAUCAAACAUCACUACUGCAGCAAAACAUAUUUUUUUCCUUUUUCGUGUUAUAUUCAUUCAUUAUAG